AUGACUGACAGACCAUUGGACAAUGUCUCGUUAGACGAAACCUCAGAUGACCUAGAUGAGGUUGACAAUCUUGAUGCCCAUAUCCACCAUGAACCCUCAUCCACAUCACCAACUACCAAUGCAAACCAAUCUCAACAACAGCCUUCUCUACAACCUGAACUACCUCCACCACGCGGCCAAAUCGCCACUCUCUCCCAAUCUGCAAAUGCUCCAAAGCUCUAUAUUGUAGGACCUAGCCCACUAUCUCCAGCAGUAACUUCCCUGUCCUCUUCUCUUUCAUCAAUAACCACACCUCCAGUCCCCAAGCUUCUUGUUUUACUGACAAACUCGCGCGGCCUCGCUUCUCCGCACAACUUGCGUCUCGCAGACAGGUUUGCAGACCGACUGGGGUGUUUAGUUGUAAUUCCAGACUUACUGGACGGAGAUGCUGUUACUUCUACAGCCGAAUCUGCAAGUGACUUGGCCACAUCUUCAAAACAUCACAACCACCAUAAUACACCAGCUAACAAGGAAUCCCAUGACUCAGCUACUUCUUUGCUCUCCCGCUUUAAAAUGGCCGCAGUCUCGCUUGCAUCCAGUUUUAUGCACGACAUGUGGGUCGCAAAACAUUCCACGGAGCGAACUCUCCCCCUGUUGCGGGCCCACAUGCUCGACCUCAUCACGGUAUAUCGCCCUGCUCGCGUGGCCGUAGUUGGCUACUCUUUCGGCGGCAAGUACGCGUUGCACGCGGCCGCGCCACCGCCAGGCUUUCAGGAUGGUGCCUGGGCUGCAGACGAAGUUGAUACAAUAGUAUGUGCGGCAGCUGUGCACCCGUCGUUACUUGAAGGUGCGCCCGGGUCCUCCACAAAAGUGAACGGUGAUGGUGACGAUUCUGGGGCACAGUUUGAUUUCGGUCGUAUUAGGAAACCUGUAUUGCUUGUAUACUCUAAAAACGACGACCUGCUGCCGGCCCCGGUCGUGGCUAAAGCCCUGCGGGUGCUCAAUGAAAAUAACGUCCCAGUGGAAACGGCAGUCUACGAUAACGAGGAUGAGCGUAAUGCGCACCUAGAUGACGAGGAAGUCCCGCCAUUGCCCCAUGGAUUUGCAGUCCCUGGUGAUUAUCCAGAAUCUGUUGUUGGUGACCGCCCAGAAAGCGUCUUCAAUUUGGUGGCCACAUGGGUUGGCGAGCAUUUAUAA